CAAUGCAGGGGCGAUUCAUUCUCAUGAUGUCGCAAUCAGAGAGCUGUAAAUAGGGACCCCGAUAUCGAAGCACCCCGGGGGGUAGCUGGGGGAAAACACAAGGAUAGCACAAGCGGACAGGUGGGGGAGAGACCGCGUCGUUUUUUUUUUUUUGGUUUGUUUUAUAUACAGCAACCAUAAACGGGCUGCUCGCCCCCAGCCCGUGUGCGAUGGUUUUGGAGGGCAGUUCAGAGGCAGUGUGCUCCCCCUCCUCUCUGGAGCUGCGGCCGUCCGGUCACCGCACCUCUUCCUCCUCUUCCUCCUCCUCCUCCUCCUCUUCCUCGCCCCUCCAGAACCACGACGCCUUCCUGACCAACGAGAAGGAGCCAGCUCAGUACGGGGAACUCAUAGUGCUGGGGUACAACGGCUGUCUAGCGAACGGGGAUAAGGGCAGGCGUCGAAGCCGCCUGGCUCUCUACAAGCGGAGCAAAGCCAAUGGGGUGAAACCAGACAUCAUCCACAACAUCUCCACCCCACUGGUGUCCAAGGCCUUUACUAAUAAGAGCCAGCACAGCAUCUCCUACACCCUGUCCCGCAGUCACUCUGUCAUCGUGGAGUACUCUCAGGACAGCAGCACAGAUAUGUUCCAGAUCGGCCGCUCCACGGAGAGCAUGAUCGAUUUUGUGGUGACGGACACAUCCCCGAGCGGUCAGGGCGCCGGCGAGGGCCAAUCAGCGCAGAGCACCAUCUCCCGCUACGCGUGCCGCGUCAUCUGUGAGCGCCGCCCCCCGUACAGUACGCGCAUCUACGCAGCCGGCUUCGACUCGUCCAAAAACAUCUUCCUGGGGGAGCGAGCUGCAAAGUGGCGGACCUCGGACGGCCUGAUGGACGGCUUGACCACGAACGGGGUGCUGGUGAUGCACCCCACGGGAGGGUUCAGCGAGGGUCCGGCCCCCGGGGUGUGGCGGGAGAUCUCGGUGUGCGGGAACGUGUACGCGCUGAGAGAGACUCGCUCGGCGCAGCAGAGAGGCAAACUGGUGGAGAACGAAUCCAACACCCUGCAGGACGGCUCUCUGAUCGACCUGUGCGGGGCGACUCUGCUGUGGCGGACCCCCGAGGGUCUGCGCAGGACCCCGACGCUGAAACAGCUGGAGUCGCUGCGGCAGGAGACGAACGCGGCGCGGCCCCAGUGCCCCGUGGGCUUCAACACGCUGGCUUUCCCCAGCCUGGCGCAGCGGGAGGUCGUCGAUAAGAAGCAGCCGUGGGUCUACGUCAACUGCGGUCACGUCCACGGGUAUCACAACUGGGGAUUCCGCAAGGAGAAAGGGGGUGGGGCCGGGGCUGACGAGCGGGAGUGCCCCAUGUGUCGCCGCGUCGGUCCCUACGUCCCGCUCUGGUUGGGCUGCGAGGGGGGGCUGUAUCUGGACGCCGGACACCCCACCCACGCUUUCUGCCCCUGCGGCCACGUGUGCUCCGAAAAGACUGCCAGGUGCUGGGCUCAGAUCCCGCUCCCCCACGGUACCCACGCGUUCCACGCCGCCUGCCCCUUCUGCGGGACGUGGCUGACGGGAGAGCAAGGCUACAUCAAGCUCAUCUUCCAGGGUCCCGUCGACUGAGACUUGGGGAGGGGGUCGGGAGGAGCGGGAGGGGGCGCUGUGUAAAUAAAACGAUAACUGAACGUGAAAAGAAAAUUGUUUUGUUUUUUUAAAUAUCCAAAAGUUUUGUAAGAUGGAUAUUGUGAAUUCUAUCUUUUUAAAAAAAAAAAAAACAUGUAGCUUUUGCCUGUUUGAAAAUCCGAGGGUCUACUGGAAUGGAAUUUUGCCCACAAACGACGCCCCAAAAAAUAUAAUAUUUACGAUGAAUGUUGAUUCCCCUUUAUAAUACCAUAGUAGGGAGAUUGGCAGAAAUUUUUUUUUCUUAAUCGCCACAUUUUCUUGUUGCCCGACUUGUACACUCCGUCUUUAUACAGCAAUAUCAUGCAUGUUCAUCAUAUUCCACAGCGAUAUGGUACUCGCAUUAAAUAAUAGAUACAAAGUAAGGAAAGUGAUCUCGUAGACCUGUCAUACCUACGGAUUUAAUCAGCCUAUACCAUCCCAUAAUAGGGGUUCUGUUGGAUUAUUUUACAGGACUGGGGAUAGGAGCCCCCCCCCCCGGGUUCACAUGAACCGCUUUGGGGUUCACGGGUGCCAACGGCCGUGAGACAAAACUAUGAGGCGCAAAGUCCCAUGCAGAUUUAUCUGUUAACGCUGCCAAGUUACAAUAAAGACUUCCGUUCCAUGUAUUUUUUCAAUGAUUUAUUUGUUAGAUUCCCAGAUUUAACAUGUCAGCUAAAUGCUGAUUCGCUAAGUAGUAGAUUAGAUAGAUAGAUAGACAGAUAGACAGAUAGACAGAUAGAUAGAUAGAUAUAGAUUAGAGAGAGAGAGAGAGAGAGAGAGAGAGAGACUGAAGCGGGUUUUCCAGAUUUAACUGGCAUAUUGACUUUAAAAUAUUUAGCGAUGCAUGUUUUCAAUAUUAAUCAGAUUAUAUCUCAAAGUACACAUUUCAAAUCUUUUCAGUAUGUUUUUUUGUUAACAUUUAUAUAUUAAACUAAAUCUGGAAAAGAAAAAUAACGUGUUUUUUUUGUUUGUUUGUUUUUUGUUAAAUCUGGGAAAAAUUACGUAGUUGAAGUUAAACCCAGAAAAAAAACAAAAAAAACCACACCUGGUAAAUAUUUGUGCCCCACCCAGCACCCCCCUUCCCGAAACCAAAUGGCCAUCAACAAGACACUAUAAGGAAACGAUUACAUUUCGCACACACCGUUAAAAAGCUCUCUUUCCAGCUAUGUGAAUAAAUCCAUCACGGGAUGAUGUAGCGGGUCUAUAAACUAGCAGACGGUCCCAGACACCUUCUCAUCCUCCCCUGAAUACAGAGAAGCAGCGGCUGGGUCUGAACAGCGCCCGUUGAGUCUCUGUGAAUAACAAUGAGGGUUAGAAAUAACGCAAGGUCAAAACACGGGCGACAGCAGCAGGGCUCGGGUGAAAUUAAUACAGAGAGAUUCUCCUUGGCAGGCAGCCCAGAUUGUACCUUAACACGUCUGUGUGGGUCUCUCUCUCUCUCUCUCUCUGUGCAGGCAGUGUGAAACCUAACCGUAUCUUCACCCCGUGCAGCUAUCUGACAUAACUAGAUCUACACGCAGAGUGGAGAGGUGUGUGAGAGAGAGAGAGAGAGAGAGAGAGAGAAAGAGGGAGGGAGGGAGGGGGUAUUGUUUAAUUGAGGGA